GCGUGGGGGGUGCUAGGGUUGCCAGCUGGCCAGUUUUUGUGCAGCCUUGCCACAUUAGAGCGCUCUGCAGGUCUCGCCUCUGGAGUCCAGACUGUGGUGCCAGUCUAGCAGUAAGGUCACAGGAGGAGCAGGUGCUGGGCGAAGCAGGAAUUUCCCAGGCAUGCGGCUCAUGCAUUUCACCUCGCCUUAGAUCAUUGCCAGAGAACCAGCGUUAGGGGCACCGGGUGAAGCACGGCCGGCAGCUCAGCGUCAUUGCAGCUGGAGAACCCGAGUCCCUCUGGAACAUGUCCCGUGAGCUGAGGCAACGCACCGCCAGGACCCGAGGGGUCUGGAAAUGCCAGGUGUGAGAUCACAAUGUCCCAUAGCAACAGGCAACCCCACUACCAUGUCGCUGAGCCCACAGGGGAUGUGUACCUGGCCAGGUUACGCUCCCGUCCCCAGCCGCUGAGCAUGGAGACCCUGCAGGGUGUGCGGGAUGCGCUGGAGACUCAGGGAGUGCUGGAUGAGGAGCUGGGAGCCGGCUUUGAGCGGGCCCUGGCGGAGUUCCCCCGGGAGCCCCCGUGUGUGCAGAACAACACAGAGAUGGUGAUCCAGAGCGAUGAGACUGAGCUGACGUUCCUCUCUGGGAAGGGGAAAUGUAAGAUCAGGAUCUCUGACAAUGGCGCCUGCUAUGAGGUGAAAGAGCCAACGGCCCGGGUGUACCUGGCCAGGUUAAAGUCCCGUCCCCAGAAGCUGAGCACGGAGACCCUGCAGGGUGUGCGGGAUGCGCUGGAGAAGUGGGGGUUGCUGGACGAGGAGCUGGGAGCCUGCUUUGAGCGGGCCCUGGCGGAGUUCCCCCGGGAGCCCCGGUGUGUGCAGCGCAAUGCCCGGAUGGUGAUCCGGCAUGACCGCACCGAGCUGGUGUUUGUGUCGGGCCAGGGGGAAUGUGAGGUCACGGUGUCCGAAGGUGAGAGGGAGCCCUGCUACGAGGUGAAGGAGCCCACGGUGACGGUGUAUCAGGAGAGGUUACGCUCCUGCCCACAAAGGCUGAGCACGGGGAACCUGGAGAGAAUUCGGGACAGGCUGGAGUCCUGGGAGGUGAUGACCAAGGAGCUGAGAUGCUGCUUCGGUCUGGUGCUGGGGGAAUUCCCCAAAGAGCCGGAGUGCGUCCGGGACAACCCCAGGAUGUGCUUCAUCUGGGACGAGACGAAGCUGCAGCUGGUCUCUGAAGAUGGGGACUGCGAGGUCUCCGUGACCUGCUGUGACGGGAAGCCCAGCUACGAGGUGAAGGUGAAGAGCUGGGAGAUGUAUCGGGAGAGGAUGCGUCGCUCUGAACAGCCGCUGAGCAUUGAGAGCCUGGUGGGCGUGCAGAGAGAGGUGCGGGGUCUGUCAGGGGCUCCCGAGAAGGUCAAGGAGGCCUUGAACGUGGCCGUUAGGGGUUUCUCCGCGGAGCCGAGCUGCCUGCAGGAGAACGCCCGGCUGGUCAUUGAGUGCGACAGGGGCGAGAUGGUCUUUGUCUCCGGGAAAGGGGAGAAUAAAGUGGACGUGUGCAUCAUCGAUGGGAAGGUCAGUUACAAUGUCAGAGCCACCACGUGGGUGACUUUCCUUAGGAUGUUCCGGAAACUACUCCCCAAGAUCCCCGAAGCCUUGCUGAAGCUCAUCCGCAGCUUAGCCCAAUUCCUACUGUUUGGAGCGCUGUGA